AUGCCUAAUUCUCAUGGUGAAUAUGGAACACAGGAGUAUUUCCCCGAGGAGACAGAUUGGGCAGAGUAUCCUGAAGAUUACGGUGAACAUUUCCAGCCGAUGGACCCUAUGGUUGCGCCCCCAGAGGUUGAGGAGCCCGUUGACGAGAAAACACGGGUACGACGUCACGAAGAGGCUCUCUUGCCUAGCCAACCGCCCGACGAAGAUGAGGCAGGGCCAUCUACAGCACCAAUGGAGGUCCCGACCGCGCCAGUUUUGCCAGAUGAUCAUCAUCUUCAAGACUACCAGCAUGUGCCUUCACCAGAUACAAACGGAGGGCCGCAUACUGUGCGCUCUGCGGAAUCCCUACAGACUGUUGUUGCCAACGGCGCUGGGCCCAGUGAGCCACGUGUAUCAGCCGACGAUAAACAAGAGCUUGAGCGUCAUCGACUCCAGGAGCAGGCGAGCGCACCCCAAGACGAGCCUAGCAGCCAGGAACCCAGCGCUGGGCCCAGUGCGCCGGUCUUUGAUGAGGACGACCAGCUGGUCGGUGGGACGGCGCAUGCAGACGAAUCGUUGCCUCGAUACCAGCGAUGA